AGUCAUUUAUGUUGCUCAAAGAUUUGAAAGCAAUUCAACAAUAUUAAAUCCAAAAGAGGAAAAUAUUGAAAAUACAAUGCAGGGUAUUAUUUAAGCCAAAGGAUCAAAAGACAAAAAUAAAUUUAACUACGUAAAUUACAAUGUGACAAAUAUAUCAAGUCUAUUGUUUUUCUAAUUUUAAUUGAAAAAUUGUUAUCAAUUUUUAUCGAGCGCACGUGUGUGUGUGGUAUUUAUUUGAAAAAUGGAACCCCCACUGCAAGGAAAAAUGGUUAUACGUGCUCCAUCAUUGAAACGAGCCAAAUCGGAAGAAGGCGAUCGUUUUCAAUUGGAGCAUGUUAUGGGUGUGACACUUAGCAGUAAUUCAGCCCUUGUCACUGAUCCAAAUUCACAUUUAGUGGCCUAUCCUUCAGGUUGCACAGUCGUCUUGUACAAUUCAGCAACAUGUGUUCAACAAGCACAUAUAAUAAAUACAUGCCGCAAAACAAUCACAGCCUUAGCAUUUAGUAGCGAUGGACGAUAUUUAGCUACAGGUGAAUGUGGGCAUUUACCAUAUGUAAGAAUAUGGGAUUUACAAGAUACAUCUGGUUGUUCUGGUGGUACACAAAUAGCUGAGUUUCAGGGACAUCAAUAUGGAAUUAAUUGUGUGGCCUUUUCUCCAUCAAACAAAUAUGUAGUUAGCAUAGGAUCCCAACAUGACAUGAUAGUAAAUGUUUGGGAUUGGAAAAAUAAUUUAAAGAUUGCAAGCAAUAAAGUUAGUCAAAAAAUUAAAGGUGUUUGUUUUGCACAAGAUGGUAGUUAUUUUGUAACAGUUGGCAACAGACAUGUGAAAUUUUGGUAUUUAGAAUAUACAAGAAAUACAAAGUACAAAGAAGCAGUACCAUUAGUUGGUCGUGCUGCAAUAUUAGGUUCACAAAGAGGACAAAAUUUUGUUGCGGUUGCGUGUGGUCGAGGUGAAUGUUCUGAUAGUACAUAUGUAGUUACCAAAUCUGGUUUAUUAUGCCAAUUAAAUAAUAGGAGAUUAUUAGAUAAAUGGCUUGAAUUAAGGACUUCAAGUGCGUCGUCAAUGACAGUAGGUGAAAAAUAUAUAUUUGUUGGAUGUGCCGAAGGAAUUGUUAGAUGCUUUGAUCCAUUCACGCUUAACUUUGUUACUACCUUGCCAAGAACUCAUCAUUUGGGUGUAGAUGUUAGUCUUGGUACUAAUAUAAGUCAUAUGUCAAUUCAUCCAGCUAAUGCCAAAUAUCCUGAUACAGUAGCCGUAGCGUAUGAUGAAAUCAACCAUAAACUUACCUCAGUAUAUAAUGAUCAUUCGAUCUAUGUUUGGGACGUUCGAGAAGUUAGAAGGGUGGGAAAAUCACAAUCAUUUUUAUAUCAUUCUGCUUGCAUCUGGGGAAUUGAAAUGAUUCCGACUAGAGAGGAAAUAUCAUUAUAUAGAAAUCCUAUAAAAGAUACGCUUCCAGAUGGGUGUUUUAUCACAUGUAGUUCAGAUGAUACAAUUCGAAUUUGGAAUCUAGAAGGAAAUCAUGAUUUAGGAAAUAUUUAUAGUAAUGAAUUAUUAAAGAUAAUUUAUAUGGAUCCAGAUCUAAAUUAUAUUAAAGAUCAAGAUCAAACAUUAACUGGUAGCAACGAUAAAGUGGAAAUAUCAUAUGAUGGAAAGAAUGGUGUACGAUGUAUUCGUAUACGACCGGAUGCUAUUCAUUUAGCGGCUGGUGAUCGUGCUGGCAAUAUUAAAAUACAUGAUAUGCGAACGAUGAAAGAAAUUUAUAAAAUUGAAGCACAUGAUGCUGAAGUAUUAUGUUUAGAAUAUUCAAAGAAUGGUCGAUUAAAUGAACCAAAAAGUUCAUAUCCACGAUUACUUGCUUCAGCAUCUAGAGAUCGAUUAAUUCAUGUAUUUAAUGUGGACGAUCAUUAUAAUAUUCUACAAACCUUAGACGAUCAUUCAUCAUCAAUUACAGCCGUUAGAUUAAUUAGUACAGCAGCUGAUCAAUUAAAAAUGAUUUCAUGUGGCGCUGAUAAAAGUAUUAUUUUUAGAAAUUUAAUGAUAGGAAAUAAUGCACCUACGCCGUUUGUAUUAUUCCAACGUGAUCAUAAUGUUGCCGGUCGUACAACUUUAUAUGAUAUGGAAAUUGAUGCAAAUAGUAAACAUAUAUUAACAGCUUGUCAAGAUCGUAAUGUACGACUUUAUAGUACGAAAGCUGGACAAUAUGUAAGAUCAAUACGUGGUUCACCAUCUGAAGAUGGAAGUUUAAUUAAAGUAACGUUAAAUACGUCUGGGCGUUAUAUGGCUACGUCAUGUACUGAUAAAACAUUGGCUGUUUAUUGUGCAUGGUCAGGCCAGUUACUUGCAUGUGUUUGUGGCCAUUCUGAGUUAGCAACUGGAUUAAAAUUUACUAAAAAUAGUGAUAGAUUAGUCUCAGCAGGUGGUGAUGCAAGUAUUCUUUUAUGGAAACACAGACAACAGAAAAAGCCAUUAGUCAUUCCUAGCGGUGGUGAAUAUGAACCUGAUGGAAUGUCUUCACCAACAGAAGCUUUGGAGACAUUUGAUCCAAGCGCUAAUUUAGUAGAUACGGCUGAUUACAGGUUUAGUGUUGGUCCACUUCCAUUAUGGGCGAAGAAACAAAUCACAGAGGAUGCUAAUUCAGCAACAAGUUUAACUAAAUCAGUAGAUUUACCGAAAGGUCGAUGGGCACAACGUGUUGAACAGGGUGGCAUUUCAGUUCGAUCCGUAUUUGAUACUGAUAGUAUAAUUGCAUUUCCUGAACGUCAAGAUCCAAAACCGGAUUCUGAUGGUUCAAAGGAUAGUUCAAUUGAUAGUGGAACUGAAUCACGUAAUUAUCCAGAAUACAGACGAGAAUCCACAAUUAAAUUUAAACAGGAGGAUGAACAAACAGAAGAUUUUCAACCUUGCCCGGAAAGCUUGUUAGAAAUUACUACUACUUCACAGUCCUAUAGCUCAAAUCAUUCCAUAACUAUGAAUCGAAGCCAUAUUACAUCAAGACAUCAUCCGAAUACAGAUGAUAGUUCAUUGGGAAGUAUGCUAGGAGGAAGUAGCGCUUUAGGUGGUGAUACCUGUGAAGAUAGUAAUGCUGAUAAUGAUGGUGAUGUUGAAGAUUGUUCAGAUACAGAUCAACGUAAAAAAUCGAUGAAAUUACAAUUCCCUGAAGUUGCAGUAGAUUCACCAAGUGAAUAUACAGUAAAUGCUAUGAGUGUAGACGAGUUAAGAAAAUCAUUACGUAAAUCGAAAACAAAACGAGAGUUACCUUUAAUAUCAAUUUCAACGACGUCAGUUUCAGGCAGUCAAGAAUCUGAUUUUGAUGAUGAUGAUGCAUCAACUCCUAGUGGUGAUAAUACGGAUAAAAAUCCAAUAUCAUUAUUAUCAGGUAGUACGGAAUCAUUAGAUACCAUUGCAAAUCGUGGUAAAUAUUUACAAUCAGCGUUUGAUUCAUUAAGUGGGGUGGAACAAGAUUUAACUACAGGUAAAACAACAUUAUCGUCACUCCAUCAUAAUACACGAAUUAGUACAAGUGGCGUUCCAGCUAGAAAUAUUCCAUUAGUCAAUGAAGCCAAACAUAGUAAAUAUGAGAAUGAUGCAUUAGGAAAACGAGAAGAACUGAAUAGAAUUAUCAAAGAAACCAGAAUGAAAUUACAAAGUGUGGGAUAUAAAUCAAAUUUAAAAUCCAGUCAAUCAGUUUUGGAUUUGAGUCCGAUACCUGAAAAACAAAAACCCCAAACAAAUCGUAAUACAUUACAUGUGCCCCCAGAUGAUGACAUUGAUUCCGAAGGUGGUUUACGUCGCGCAUGCUCACUAAGUGACCUUACUGACCCGUCCCCAGCAAAACAACAAUCUAACUUAUCUUCAGCCAAAAUUAUGCACAAACCAAUACCACGGGUGCAACAAACGUUGCGCAUGUCAAAAGGUACUAAUAUGACUAGAAGUUCAUCGGUAGGAAUAUUAAAUCAAUCAGAAAGUGAAACAGAAAUGCAUAGCAUGCAUGCUGGAAUGCAACCACCAAAGGCUAUGCCCAGAAGUAAUUUAAUGCGACCUACAAUAAGCUCACAAAAUAAAGUUGCCAAUACGAAUAAAACGAAUUUAAGGCGACGAGCUUUGCAGUCAUCUUAUUCUACAGCAAAUUUGACUAUGGUUGGUCAAGACGAUAGUUCUAGCGAUGAUCAACAACAUUUAAAAUCAAAUAAAAUGGCUAGGAAUAGAUCACACAGUAUUGAUCAUACGGCUGGCGUUGGUGGUGGAGGUAAUUGGAACCAAAUCCAGAGUCGUCGAAAUAAAGAGAAUUUAGGACCUAAGUCUAGAGGUAGUAGGAAUGGUUUAUCAGAUAGAACCAAUACAGAUACUCCCAAAACUGAUUCAGAUAUAGACUUAGCAAAUUCGGAAGUGACAUCUCAAUUAUGUAACAAAAUAGCCGAACAAUUAACACAUACUGCUGAAAACGUUGUACAAUUAUAUCGUCGUUUAACAUUAAAUGAAACCUUAUCACCAGAACAAUCAACAAAUUCAGAGGAAAUCGAUAAAUCACAUAUGAUGAAAAACUUAGAAUGUGCCAUGUUAGAAACACAAAAAAUAUUACAAUUAGCUGUUAAACAGCAACAACAACAACAAGAUGUAAAUAAUUUACAAGAUGGAAAUGGUCAUGGGGGUGGGAGUGAAUCCAUUGACGUGAUAAGCCAUAACAAUUUACGUGAUUUAGUUGCAAUGAGCACGGCAGCAAAUAAUAGUGCUAACAAUUCAACCAAUCAAGCGAAUGUAGUGUUAAUGAUGCAACAAUAUAGUGAUAUUUUAUUAAAUAUGAUGCAACAAAAAAUGCAACAGAAACAUUCGUAAAUCUGUUUUUAUUUCAUUUUUAAAAUUAACAACUUUCAUUAAUUAACUAAAAAAAGGCAAAAACA